UGUAUAUGCAAUGGUUUAUCGCUGAAAAAUGUCGAGCAAGGCGAUCCAACUGUUAAAGAAGUUGAAAUGUUCUUUUUCGGCGUACCAAGACUCAUUCCUUUUUCUCUCCACAUGCCAAAUUUACAGACAUUAUGUAUCACUGGUCAACUAGUGGAAGUUAUCGAAGGAUUGCAAGGACUAAGUAAUUUAAAGACUCUUUGGAUUUGUGAAUGUAAUUUAAAAAUCAUUAACGGUCUCCAAGACUGUGUAAAUUUGCAAAAAUUAUAUUUACACGGUAAUCAAAUUGGAAAGAUUGAAAAUCUUAACAAAUUGACUAGAUUGGAAGUUUUGUGGUUAAAUGAGAAUCUAAUCACAAAAAUUGAGGGAAUUACUGCACUAGAACACUUGAAAGAGUUCAAUGUUGCUCAAAAUAGGAUAACCGAAAUUGGCGAUACGCUAGCAAGCAACACCAUGAUUGAAAAUUUAAAUCUAUCUGGUAAUCUUAUAAGGUCUCUUCAGGACAUAACUAAUUUAAGCCAUCUGAAAAAAUUGCGAGUCCUUAGCCUAAAAGACCCACAGUAUGCAGCAAAUCCAGUCUGUAGCUUGUGCAAUUAUAGUACACAUAUACUAUAUCAUCUACCCCAAGUUAAACGCCUCGAUCUUCUAGAUGUAUCAUCCAAGCAAUUGCAAGAAAUGGUGGAGGCUGCUGUCACCAAAAAGAAAAUAUAUUACAAUAUGUGUAUUAAAACCAUACAGCGGAAGUCUUAUACUCUACUAUCACUUCUAAAGAAAGAAAAAGAAAAAUUGGCAAUUGAUCUAUAUCAAAGAAUACGGACUCUAAUUGAUGGUAAGAAGGAUAUCGAAAGCCGAGAUAGCAGCAACAAAGGAAGCGCCAGUGAAACUGAGGAAGAUAACGAGUCUAGCAAGUCAGAAAGAAAAGAGGACUCGCCAUCGAUCGAGCUCUCAUGGACACAACGACUAAGACAUAAACGCGCAAAGGUAACCGAAAGAAUCGAAUGGUGGGACGAUAAGAUUAAUCAGUUAGAAAAAUAUUACAACAGAGUUUGCCAAUCAAUCGAUCACGAGAGGGAUGAGAAAAUUAAAACGCAAAUGAUCGAGUUCGAAACAGGCGGCAAUAUUCGAUUCGAAGAAGGGAGUCCAUCCGAUAUCUGGUAUUCGUCCUGUCGUGAUUUAUUAUUGUCGAGAUUUUGUGCUUCCGACUAUAUGCGACAUGGCAUCAAUGGCUUGAUUGUACACCGCGUAACAAGGAUUCAUAACCGCUUCUUACAGUCUCGAUUCGACCAAAGAUUGACUAAAGUUUCAGAGCGAGGGGAAAUCCCAGAAGGAAGUUCCUAUAAGCAGCUAUUAGAAUUUUUAUUUUAUAUAAAGCAUCCAACGGUAGCUGGAAAUGACAUCGUGUCUAUUGCACAGCAAGGGUUUCCAGAUGCUUCAAUGCAUAAGAAGCAAACUAAGAUAGAAGCGGUUCCAUUCACCAAUAGCUUAAACCUAUGCGAUACUCCUCGUAUUCAUUACUUGCAAGAGAGAUCAUCAAAGGAUUACGGAUGCCCAUUUCGUACAGGCCAAAUUGUCAUUGCAAAGGUAUUUUUGGGUAAAAGCGCCGCCGUCAGCGAUUCAAAAAGUAUCUGUCAGAGUGACUGGUCAAAAUUCGAUUGCGUAUUUCGACCGCGAUCCCAUGAUAGGCAUUUAUCUUCUGCAUCUUCUGGCGAUCUCAUCAAUGGAAGUCAAACUACAAAUUCCUGUGAUUGCAAUGCUCGCCAAUGUGAAUGGUUUUUCUUCGAUAACGAAAUCAUCGUACCUGAAUACAUCGUUGAUUUUGAAUAUGUUACCCAGAUCAAAGAUAAAUCACCAUUCAGUUGUCUUAACCCUGGCUUUUUAAGUAGCUCUUCCUUGGCUAUUAACUCGUCUGAGUUUAGUCAUGACGCAGAAUGCGAUAAUGAUAUUCUUCAAAGCUCUCCUAAGAUUAGGAAAAGACCGAGAAUUAUAACUAUGUCAGAGGAAGGUAUCCUCCAGUUAACCUCAGCUUCAUCCCUAACUGCUGUCCAGGUUUUAAAUCUACAUGGCAAUGGCCUAGCGAGACUUAAACACCUUAAUAGCAUGCCGUGUUUAAAGGAGCUCACCGUCAGUUUUAACGAAUUAAGUCGAGUUGAUGAUAUAGCUAACAUGCAAUUUUUAGAGAAGCUGAAUUUAAUGUUCAAUAAAAUUACCAGUUUGGAAGGAUUAAAGUCACUACCUCGACUGAAGCAACUAAACUUAAGUUGGAAUCAGUUAUCGAACACAAGAGACAACUUGGCUGUACUACGGAAACAUACACCGGGAGUCAAUACAUUAGAUAUCAGCCACAACCCUUGGCAAAAGCCGGUAAAUCUCCGACUACGUGUGAUUGGGCGUCUAAAAUCGUUACGACUGUUAGAUGGGAUACCAGUUAGUGAAGAAGAAUCAGCCAAUGCCCUUCGCUUAGUCACCAGUUCUAGAAUAUCACAGACUAUGCUUUUGGCUCAUUCAAGAACUGAUAACGUGGCUCCUCACACUUUUAAGCUUGCAUCAGUAGCUGAAGCCCUUUGUUCAAUUAGCAGAUUAUGCGAUGAUGACAGCGAAUGGCCAUUAACCAUUACGGCAUUGAAUUUGGAUAACCAACAUUUAACAAAAAUCUCUAAUUUGGCAAAGCUGGAAAAUUUGAGAUGGGCUUCGUUUAAUAGCAACUAUCUUACUAAAAUUGAGAAUUUAGAAUCUUGUGUAAAGGUAGAGGAGUUAUCAUUGGAGAAUAAUUCCAUAUAUAGACUUGAUGGGCUAUCAUCAAUGCGAAAUUUGCGACGCCUUCAUCUUCGUGAUAACUUCAUUAGUUCUAUUAACAGCAUUAGUUAUCUAACCCAUUUAGAAUUUUUAUCUCUUGAAAAUAAUAAUAUUACAUCGCUUCUUGGAUUGCAGGAUUUAAAAUCGCUGUCUGAAUUAUACAUUUCUCACAAUGCUUUAAAAAAUAUCAGAGAGAUAUUUCUUCUUAAAACACUGUCGCAGCUAAUAAUCUUAGAUCUAUCUGGCAAUUCACUGGAAGAAUCCGAUAAUUACAGGACCUUCGUUAUUUAUCACCUUAGAAAUUUAAAAGCCUUAGACGGAAAAAAUAUAGAUGUAUCAGAACAAACAGCUGCUAAAGAAAUUUUCGGGGGCAGGUUAACCAAAGACUUUAUUGUCGAACGCGUUGGUCAUUCUAACUUUCACGAAUUACGUGAACUAGAUUAUCAGAAGUGCUCCAUUCGUCAUGUUGACUUCGGUGAUGGCGUAGAAUUUCUUAAUCUCAGAAGUGUCAAUUUAGAGCACAAUAAUCUAACGUCCUUUAGCGGUCUGGUUCGUCUAAUUAACUUGAAGGUUUUAUGUUUGAAUCAUAACCGCAUAGAAAGUAUAAUUCCAAGAAUGAAGACCUCAGCUGCAAAUGCAAAGGGUAAAAAUCCGAGCCAGAACUAUUCCUAUGAAGAUUACUCGCCAAUUCUAGAUAAGCUGGAGGUUUUACACUUAGGGUACAAUGGAAUAGCAAAUAUGGCUGCGUUACAAUUGUUUCGACUAAAAUCACUAAAAGCAUUAUUCUUACAAGGAAAUGAAAUUGCUAAGAUUGAAGGUCUUGAAGGCCUUAGCGAAUUACGUGAACUCGUACUCGAUAGAAACAAAAUCAAAACUAUCUCGGAAAAUUCUUUCGUCAAUCAAUGGCGUUUAAUGGAACUUCAUCUUGAAGAAAAUAGGAUACGAGAUUUGUCCAAUUUUCAUGGCCUUGACUCACUUCAGAGACUGUAUCUAAGCUCAAAUAAAAUACAGGAAUUAUCUGAACUUGAAAAUCUUAGCUACUUGAAAAAUUUAGUUGAAUUAUCUUUGAUUGGUAAUCAGGUCACAAGGCGAAUGAUGCAUAGACCGCUGUUAAUUUUUCAAUAUCAAAAUUUAAUAUCGUUAGAUGGAAUUCCCGUAUUACCAGAAGAGAGAACUAAGGCUGAGCUAUACUUUUAUGAGCAACAG